AUGACUUCAUUGGCUGGAAAUGUAAACAAUGAAAAUGGAAUUUUUCGUCUAGAGGCUAAUUUUUCUCCUAGUCUAUGGGGGAAUAUUUUUAGCAAUUCUACUCGGAAUAAUCAGAUAUCCGAAAAAGUUAUAGAGGAGAUUGAGGGUUUGAAAGAAGAAGUGAAACACAUGAUAAUAAGUACUACUACUACUACUAGCAAUGACAUUGAACAAAAAAUUCAUUUGAUUGACACUCUUGAACGUCUUGGUAUUUAUUAUCACUUUGAGAAGGAGAUUGAAGAUCAAUUAAGCAAGAUGUUUGAUCAAAAUGUCAUUCAUGAAGAAGAUGAUUUAUACAAGAUUGCAUUAUAUUUUCGAUUGUUUAGACAACAUGGAUAUCCAAUCUCUUCCGAUUAUUUCAACCAAUUCAAGGACAACAAUGGAGAAUUCAAGAAAACUCUAGUUACAAAUGCAAAGGGCUUGUUAAGUUUGUAUGAAGCAACACAUGUUAGAAAACAUGGUGAUGACAUAUUAGAAGAUGCACUUAUUUUUGCAAAAUUCCAUCUUGAGAGGAUAACACAUACAUUAAUGGAUUCUACUCUUGAAAAACAAGUAACACAUGCACUUAUGCAAUCUCUUCAUAGAGGAAUCCCAAGAGCUGAGGCACAUUUUAACAUUUCAAUAUAUGAAAAAUGUGAAUCAAGAAAUGAAAAGCUACUAAGGCUUGCCAAAUUAGAUUACAAUUUGUUACAAGUGCUACACAAGGAAGAGCUUAGUGAACUCACACAGUGGUGGAAAGAUUUGGAUUUUGCAUCAAAACUUUCAUAUGUGAGAGAUAGAAUGGUGGAAUGUUUUUUUUGGGCAGUUGGUGUGUACUUUGAACCACAAUACUCUCAAGCUAGAGUUAUGCUUGCAAAAUGCAUAGCUAUGAUUUCAGUAAUUGAUGACACAUAUGACUCUUAUGGAACUCUUGAUGAACUAAUUAUAUUCACGGAAGCUGUGGACCGGUGGGAUAUAAGUGAAAUUGAUCGACUUCCAAACUAUAUGAAACCGAUAUAUACAUCUCUUCUCGAUCUCUUCAACGAGUAUGAAAUCAAAAUCAAAUUAGAACAAGAUAAAUUCAAUGGAGUUCAUUAUGUCAAAGAGGCAAUGAAAGAAAUUGUGAAGAGUUACUAUAUUGAAGCAGAAUGGUUUCUUGAAGGAAAAAUUCCAUUAUUUAAAGAGUAUUUGGGCAAUGCAUUGGUUACUGGAACUUAUUAUCUACUUGCACCAACAUCAUUAUUGGGCAUGAAAUCAACAUCAAAGAAAACAUUUGAUUGGAUAAUGAAUAAACCAAAAAUUCUUGUGGCUUCUGCAAUAAUUGGUAGAGUUAUUGAUGAUAUAGCAACUUAUAAGAUUGAGAAAGAAAAAGGACAACUUGUUACAGGAAUAGAAUGUUAUAUGCAAGAAAACAAUUUAUCUGUGGAAGAAGCAAGUGCACAACUUUCUGAAAUAGCUGAAAAUGCAUGGAAGGAUUUGAACAAAGAGUGCAUUAAGUCUACUGAUUCUAUGCCAACUGAAAUCUUGAUGCGUGUUGUGAACCUAACACGUCUGAUUGAUGUCGUUUACAAGAACAAUCAAGAUGGAUAUAGUGAUCCAAAAAAUAAUGUGAAAUCUGUGAUUGAAGCUUUACUAGUCAAUCCCAUCGAUUUGUAA